AUGAAGAUCACUAUAGUAUCAGGUGGCGCCUCAAAGAGAACUAUUUGCGAGUUGGAACUUAGCACUAGUACAACUAUCAAGGAGUUGAAGAAGAGCUUUGCUCAAAAGAACCCAAAGUAUUAUGUAGAUAGACAAAGAUUUGUAACAUCACAAUUGGGACCUGACAACAAGCCAAUCGUCUUGUCUGAUGACAACAAGACAUUGUCACACUACAAGAUCACCAGUGACAACACCUUGGUCUUUAAAGAUCUCGGACCACAAGUGUCAUGGACCACUGUCUUUUUGACAGAGUAUGCAGGUCCACUCUUGAUCUACCCAAUCUUUUACUUCUUUGGUCAACAAAUCUAUGGUCAAGAAUAUACUCAUGGUUACACUCAACAAUAUGCAUUAUUAUGUUACUCACUUCAUUACAUUAAGAGAUUGUUAGAGACUAUUUUCGUUCACAGAUUCUCUCAUGCCACCAUGCCAAUUUCCAAUAUCUUUAAGAACAGUAUCUACUAUUGGGGUAAUACCAUCCUCGUCUCUUACUUUGUCAAUCAUCCAUUGUUCACUUCUCCACCACCUGCUCGUGUUCUCAUUGGUUUAUGCCUUUGGGUUGUUGGUGAAUUAUUCAACUUAAUUAGUCACAUUCAACUCCGUAAUUUAAGACCAGCAGGUUCAACUGUUCGUCAAAUUCCAAAGGGAUUGUUGUUUGAAUACGUGUCAUGUCCAAACUACACCAUGGAGAUCUUGGCCUGGAUUGGUUUCUCUAUCAUGACCCAAACCCUCACCGCCUAUGUCUUUACUGUUUUAGGUGCCGUUCAAAUGUACGUCUGGGCUGUUGCCAAACACAGACGUUAUCGUAAGGAAUUCGAUGGUAAGAAUGGUGAACUCCAAUACCCACGUAACAGAAAGAUUAUUGUUCCAUUCCUCCUCUAA